AUGAAAGAUCUCUACACGUUUGAUCUAUCUUCAGAGGCUGCAAUUCAGACUUAUCAGCAGGUACAAGCAGCUUACAGGGCCAUCUUUGACGAGAUAAAUGUUGAAAUUCUGGUCGCCGAAGCUAGCUCUGGCGAUAUGGGCGGGAACCACAGCCACGAAUAUCAUCUUGCUGAUUCGACUGGGGAAGACACUAUUGCUCAUUGUAGUGGUUGUGGAUAUACGGCGAAUGACGAAGUCGCGGUCUCGCGGGCAAAACCACAAGACUCCAUCGAUGCAGCAGUGGCAUCCAGCUAUGGUGUAUGGAGGGGCAUUACCAAAGACCGAAACACGCUGAUCAAUGCGUGGUACCCUCAGGAUAAUGGCGGGCGUCCCAAUCUCCAUGUCGUCAAGAGCCUGGUUCCCGAACUCGACACCAGUGUGCAUGAGACUCUCCCGCUCUGGGAGGCGGCAGUUGAAAGCCCCGAGACUGCACUGGUUAACAUUAUCGAUGGCCGGCUUGCAUCUGGCUUUGGGAAGAUCCAUUCUAAGCUAUCUCUUCUACCUGGAGAGUUGCAAGAUGAUUUCAUUGGUCCUCAAUUCGCAACAAGCACAUCUGCGAACGGUGAAGGACUGAAUUUGCUGGCCUUGGCUGAAGGGGAUGGUUGUCCCCGAUGCGAAUCUGGGACACUGGAAAUCAACAAGGCUCUAGAGCUCGGACACACAUUCUACCUCGGCACACGAUAUUCCAAGCCCCUCGAAGCUCUCGUGUCGCUCCCUGAGAAGCCAUCGCAGCCAAUCCCCAUUCAAAUGGGGUGCUUUGGCAUUGGGGUGUCGCGUAUUUUUGGUGCCGUUGCUGAGAACAGAGCUGACGAUAGGGGCCUUAACUGGCCUAGAGCCAUUGCACCAUUUGAAGUUGCCGUAAUUCCGUCUUCAGCCGUCAAUGAUGAGACGCUCGCCUUCUUCGACUCCCUCACCAGUCAGUCGUUUGAUGCAGUGCUGGACGACCGAAAGAAGGCCUUUGGAUGGAAAAUGAAGGAUGCUGAUAUGACAGGCUAUCCUGUUGUUGUUAUCCUUGGCAAGGCGUGGAGGGAGCGCAAUGUCUGCGAGGUCCAGUGCAGACGCCUAGAGCUCAAGGAAGAAGUCGCUGCAUCGGAUCUUCCACAGUUUUUGGAGCAGUUGCUACAAAAGCUGUAA